AUAUUGCUUCAAAUGUUAUUGAAAAAARUAUUGUUAGGUUCUUAGUGACAGGUGAUCGGCAGCCAAUCACAAUCGUUGAUUUCUUAGACGUAAUGCAAAUAGAAGUAGUUAAGAAAUGAAUCUUUGAUGUGGUUUAAUUCAUCAUGUUCAAGAAAAGAAUAACUGCGUACGACAUUUUAAGUCAAAAGACCUCAUAGAAUCAAGAAAAACGACCGAGAAAUUUUACUCAAAGGGAUAGUCAACCAGAAACUUGCAYCUUAAAGGUUGGUUUUUCACUUUUUGAGGCGAUUUCACAGASUGAAGCCUUCAUCGAGAAACGCAAACUAAAAUUGACGCUGACUAGUUAGGUUGGAUGGAUUUCAACUUAAUUCAGUGACAUAUAACUGGCGAUUUAAUGAAACAUUGAUUAACGAAAUAAUACCUGGGCUUCSUCMAAAUCUGUUCGUAAAGAAUUCAAGWCAAUUUUUCACGAAAAAAGCGUCUUAGGCAAGAACUUUGAUCGAAGUCUGUGCGAGUGUUUACUCACGUCGGUGGCGAAUAUGUGCAAGUAAUCGACUUUUUAUAUUGGUUGGCUACUUGAACUUGAGCUGUAUAAUUACUGGACUUAUAAAAAAGGGAAAGGCGCUUUCGGGAAGCUUUUGCAUGUAUUUGCUUUAUUGAAAUGGGUUGCGGAGGCUCAAGAAAUACCGUAACUACAGAUCUUAAAAUUUCAAACUCGGAGCCAGUUAGCCUGAAGGAACAAUUGGCUAAAAAGACAGAGCAAAAACUAUGGAAACAAACAAGCUUGGAGACAAGAUUACUGCAGCCGAGUGGUAAGAACAUAAGUCCUUUUUUAGUMCCAAGAAGCCCWGGWGACACCAAAGGUUUUAAAGUUGGAGACAGGGUACAUUUGCGCGGUUAUGUUGGUACCGUCAAAUUUAUUGGAGCUACAGAGCUGGGACAAGGUGACUGGAUUGGUAUUGAAAUGGACAAAGAGAUAGAGCAAGGACACAACGGUAGUUAUGAUGGGAUACAGUAUUUCAUUGCUGGUCCAAAGAGAGGUGUCUUUGCGCGCUCUGCUCUAGUGUUUCAUCUCGAUGAAUCAGACGAAAAGAACAUGGAAAGAUCGUUCACGAUCUCCCCGCGAACAGUAGCGUUGAUCCAGUCAAGGAUCCGUCGGUAUCUCAAACAAAUUCAAAACAAAAAAACGCAAUUAACUUCGGAUGUCGACAAAAGAAUUGAUCGUCAUGUCCGCAGCGUCCCAGAAAUAGAGACAUCGAGUAUUAACAGACUGAGUGAUUAUCUCACRGAGCCUUUUGAAGGCGGACAAAGAAGCAAAGCGUUUGCUAUUUAUCGCUGGAUUACUCUAAAUAUUUCCUUUGACUAUAAGGGGUGUUUUGGUUAUGAMGCUCCAAUGCCUUGUGGUGCAGAAGAUGUAUUGCAAAAUCGCGUCACUGCAUCGGAAGGUUACGCAAACCUUUUUGAAGCUCUGUGCAACGCAGCGCACGUCCCCACUCGAACCGUUCGUGGAAUUUUCAAAGGCUAUGGUUACACACUCGGCGAGCCUAUACUCGAGGGUCAGUGUAGACACGCGUGGAACGUGGUACGAGUGAGUGGUGAUUGGUUCAUCUGUGAUUGCACACUUGGUGCUGGCUAUGUUGGUGAGGAUAUGAUGUUCCACAAAUUACCAAACAUCGAUCGCUUUAUGGUWUCAGCACAACUCGCCAUUACCGACCACUAUCCGGACGAACAGAAAUGGCAACUACUUGACGAGACGAUCAGCAAAGAAGAAUUUGAAUUAAARGCUGUACCUUCCGCCAUGWUGCAUCGUCUUAAUGUGCAGUUAGAUAGCCAUACUAAAUGCUUCUAUGAACUCGAUGCCGACAACAUUACCAUGACUUUUCAAACACCAAAGAAGAAYAUUUUGAAAGGUAUUGUCAAAGAYUCCAAUGGGAAAUCCCUAGGCCAACGUAGCCUUGUACAAGCUGUCUCUAUCGGGGGRAAGACCAAGCUACAAGCAUAUUUCCCAGAACCUGGAGAAUAUAUUCUCCAAGUGCUUGUUCUUGGCGUGAACUAUGAAUGGACAUCGGGUGUCAUGUACAAAAUCCACACAUCGGACGGGAUUGGGUAUAACACCGGUGGCUUCCCAAGUAUUGGGACGAAGUUUUACCCUCUUGGUUUUGAGAUCGAAAAACCAACACAGAACAUUGAAUGUGAUGAUGGUAAGGCAGUGAUCUAUUUCAGCACAACUAAUAACAGAGUACGGACAUUAAGACCAAAGCUGUCACGUCUAUCAAUAAUAUSUGGAACUGAAGACCUACAAGAAGAUGUCCAAGACUCGAGCAUGUGCUACGUCGAUCAAUCAGGAGUUGUUUUCAAAGUGAAGGUUCACGUCCCUCAAAUGGGAAUAUACAAACUAGACAUUUAUUGUGAACUGAGAAGACARGUAGAGUACUUGUGUUCAUACUUCAUCAAUGCCUAUCAUGGUGCAAGGCCUGUGCCUGGCUUCCCUAAAGUCACCGAAACCUUUCGGUCCUGGUCUAUUCAACUAGUAGACAAGCGAGAAAACAUAGAGACACAGGAUGGUGYGACGUCGGUAACUCUGAAAAACCCCAAUGAAGUAAACAUUGUUGGUGUUUUAAGAAAAAACGAAGAGGAAUGCGAGGGUAUGUGCUUCACGGAACCGACCCARAAAGGCGAGACAACAAUUAAAGUUCACAUGCCAGAACCUGGGAUAUUUCGAUUGGAAAUUUAUGGCUUUAGAGAAGAUGAUAAAACCAAGCAACUUCUUUGUUCCUAUGCUAUCAAGUCACUAGCAACUGCAAAUGAAAACCCUGGAUUUCCUCUUCUAGAGGAAGAGUUUAAAUCAUGGGGAGUGUCCUUAGUGGAUCCCGUCGAAAAUAUAACAUCAAAGAACGGGCAAGCUACAGUAGUACUUCAGGCCCCUAAUGAUGUGGAAAUUGUCGGAAAACUUUUCGACGAAGAGGAAAAGAAUAUCCCAGGGAUGUGCAUCGCAAAGGAUACAGAAAAUGGACGUGAAAUCAGUAUGAACACUCCACAACCCGGUGUGUUCAAACUCUGNGUGUACGGACGUAAGCGAACCAGCAAGAAAUCAAAGAAAGAACCAAAGAAUGUUUUGCUGUGUUCCUAUAAGGUCAAGUCGCACAGUGCAGCAUCUGAAAACCCUGGAUUUCCUGAGCUUACUGAGACAUUUACUGCUUGGAAUUUAAAACUUGUCGACCAAUUUGACAAUAUAUCUACGGAGACGGGGCGAGUAACGGUCACUAUCAAUACACCUGGAAGUGUACUUCUUUCUGCUAAACUGCGUCAAAACGAACAGGACCUAUCACCUGACUUGUGCUUCACGGAGCGCAAUGGCAGUGAUACUAAGCUAUCGUUCCACGUCCCAGAAGCUGGGUUAUAUGAACUUCGAAUUUCAGGCCGCGAAUCACCGGAUUCUAAAUCGAAGUUCUUGGCGUCAUAUUCCGUGUUCAGUUGUAGGGGCCUUGGUGAAAGGGCGGGCUUUCCACAUAUCGAGGACGAGUUUCGUCUGUGGGGUCUUCGUUUAGAUAGCAAUAAAGAGAACAUCGCUGUUUAUGAUGGCUCUGUAAUCAUCACCUUCUUGAACCCCAAUAAAAUCCCACUUWGUGCUGAAUUGUCAAAUGAAGAAGGGGAGAUCACCGAUGUAGUAGCAUUAGAUGAAAUGGAAGAAAGAGUAGUUUAUCACUGYAAUUUACCCAACAAAGGCAAGUACACUUUUAAAUUGCUCGGUUCAAACAACGUCGAAGGUAAAAAGAAGAAGAAAAAGGCGGACAAGAAGAAAGUGUUGUGCACCUACAAGAUAUUUUAUUGACAAAACACUCAGCUAACUGGCUCCAUAGAGACCACAGGAGUUUCUUUAUAAUCUUCGCGUUCCGUGCGUGUUAACAAUCAGGAGGAAAUUCCUCUUUAAAUAAUGUUGACAAAGUGAUCAAAAAAAAAAAAAAAAAAUUCACUGUUCAAAUUCAUUAAGAAUACACACGCGUUU